AUGAUCAGGACAGAUAAUGAUGAUUUUGAGGAUAUGAAUGUUGAGGAGUCAAAACAUUCAGCAUCUUUAGUUCCAUUCACAUCAAACUUCAUUCAAGGAUAUUUGCGACGAGCAUAUGGAUUUGGUUCCCAAAGUUUACCAAACCCUGAAGAAGAAGUUAAAAAUACAAUGCACAUUCAGAACAGAAAUAUGAAAGUUGAUCAGGAUGCUUCGAACCAUCAAAGAAAGAUGAGACAAAGAUUAGGGUUUCUCAGAAAUUCCGAUAAAAAACAUCCGAGACAGAGUUCUCCAAUGUCUAGGAGAAAACAAGACAAUUUACCUCGUGUUAAACCAGGUUCUGGAAAACUGAACGUGUUCAAUGCCGCAGAUAAAAGACAUAAUAGAAUCCCAGAAAAAAAUGUAGAGAGAUUAGAGACAGAGGAAGAUGAAAAUUCUCAGAUGAGACUUCAGGAGAGUAGAUAUCAUACAACCAGAGAACCAACAUCUCUCUUGCAUCAGCACUUUUUUACGUCUAGACCUUCAAGAUUAUCCGAGGGUUCUUUUGGAAAAUAUAGAGAAGAACUAAAAGGAGAUGAAAGCAACAGACAUUUUGUAACGCCAGAAUAUCCUGGGUUUGGACCUUCUUAUAAUUCUCACACGCCUUACAGUAACAAUUUGAAGCAUGUCGCCGUAGGUCAACCUAGGACUACACAGAGAUCCUUCAACAAGGAAUACAGUUCAUCCUUCGACAAAGGUGGUUUUUCAAAACACAGUGUUCAAAAUUCACAGAAUGGAGGUGUACAUAAUGGAGGUGCAAGGAAUGGAGGUGUACAAACUGACAAGAAAAUCGGGAAAUCAAGUGGAACUGCACAGUACAGCAGUGAAAUUGGAAAGUACAUCAGUGGAACUGGAAAGUACAGCAGCGGAACUGGAAAGUACAGCAGUGGAACUGAGAAGUACAGCAGUGGGACGGGAAAGUACAGCAGUGGGUCUGGAAAGUACAGCACUGGAACUGAGAAGUACAGCAGUGGGUCUGGAAAGUACAGCACUGGAACUGACAAGUACAGCAGUGGGACUGAAAAGUACAGCAGUGGAACUGAGAAGUACAGUAGUGGAAGGCAAAAAUACAACAGUAAGAUGAACCAGACAAAACCUUUUCCAACUAGAGCACCUCCUAGUUCCCCUUCAGCAGGUUUAUCUUCAAUGAGCAAUAUUUUUCCUUCAAAAGAAACCCCUGCAGAAUCCUAUUACAGGAAAGACUCGCAACUCAGUUCUAAACCGACCUUAAAACCUCAAAUAGUGUUGGACAAGGUCAGAAGUGUUUCUGAAUCUUUCAACUCCUUUAAAGGAAAAUUGGAUUUUGAUUCAUCAAACAGUAGAACUACUGACUCCAAGGAAAAUCAACAAAAUGGGUUCUUUCAACAAUAUUCUAGUAACCUAACUCCUGAUUUGUCUACAGAAAUAGCAGGAUUAAUCAAACCCAAUCUUGAUUCAAACCUUCUUCAAUAUUUAACAAAGGUGCAGGAUAUACCAUUGAUGGCGGAUGAUCUAUCCACCAGCUAUCAAGUGCUGGGACAUACUUUUCAUAAUUUGGGACAAACCUUACAGAUGCUGGGACACAGGUACCAACAAGAACAGAUUAUGAAAAUGAAAGAGGAAGAGGGACAGCAAACAAGUAACAGAAAGAAUGAUGAAGUGAAGAUGGCAGCUCCAAGAAUAAAAAUAAACCUCAGUAUUGGGGAUGAAGAAGUUCAGUUAGGUGAGAAAUCUGUGACGAAAGGUCUGGACUCUGGAAUUACUCGGCGUGUUUAUACAAAGAAUAAAAAGUAUUUAUAA